UAAAGGGCAAUUGUCGCAUUAUUUGUUGCAAGAGAAAUAUAUUUUUCAGCCAUGGACGUUCCUCUUGCCACCCUAGCGAAGCAAAUAAGCAUUGAGCAAAGAUUUAAUUGUGUGAUUUGCCUUUGUGCACGUUUUAAAAUGGUUUAUGGGCGAUGUCAACAUAGAAUUUGCACGCAAUGUGCUUAUGGUUCAAGCGAUGACCUUCGCGUUCAAUUUCAGCGCUGCCCUUCGUGUCAACAAGAAGACGUCUUUCCUGAUAAAAAGCCUACCAUUCCUGAAGACAAUAUUCAACUGCAGAAGCUGCUCGGCGUAACGGCUUGUCAGAAUAAUGGUUGUACACAAGAAUUCUGGUCUUGGGAGAAAUUAGAGCAUGAAUUAAAUUGCCGUUUUAAACAUUCAUCUGGCAAAAAGAGUCGCACCAUACAGGAAAACCAGAGUGGAAAAUCACCAACCAGCAAAUUGAAAGGACAACAAGAUGAAGAGAUGCUAAAAAGAACCUAUCCUCUUCGAUCGAAAAGGAAUCUUCGCCAAAGAUCCCGUAUAAAUACUACCACCAGUUGAUGAGCAAAUGAAAUAUCUCAUUGAAUGAAAUGUAUAAUUUAUUUGUAUAUAUGUAUUUAAUUGUUGUAAAUGUACUUAUAACAUUUAUAUAAUUCUAAAAAGUGAUGUACAUAAAUAUGAUAAGCUUAAUUUGGAGAU